AUGAAUCUGAAUCAUAGAUUUCCACAUUUUUUAUCAAAUUCUUCUCAUAUAUUAAAUUGUGAUAUAUUUACAUUAACUAAAGAUAGUUAUUUACAAGUUCAUCGAGGUUCAUUUGGUCGUACUCAAAUAUGUCAACAAUAUAAUCUUGAACCAAGAGAUUUACAAAAACUUGAUACAAAUAUUCUUAUAAAUGUUCCACUAAUCGAUAUACGUCAAAAUCGAUUUAUUUGUUUUUCAUUUCAAAGACUUCAAAGUUUAGUACAAUUCAAUCGAAGUAUAUUUUUCGUUCCAUCUGCUUAUAAAGCUAUAGGAGAAUCUUUUGGAAUAAGAGAUGCUGCUCAUUGGGAACGUAUUUCUGAAGCUUAUCGUCAAAAUGUCAAAUAUAUAUAUCAACUUUAUCAUGAACGAUUUAUUAUUCAAGCAUCAAAUAAUAUUGAUACAAUACCAUAUGAAUUUCGAAUAACUGAAAUAAAUUUAGAAACAGUUGCUCAUCAAUUAAAAUUAGAAACACAUGAACUUUUAAAUGGAUUUCAAAAUGUUCGAGAACGUGCAUAUGCUCGUAUUAUACUUGGACGUUUACGUGAACUUGCACAUAAACCUAUUAUUGCUGUUCUUGCACACGAUGAAGAUAUGAUUGGAAUGUAUCUAACUGAUAAUCGUAAACGAGAUAUAUUUGAUCAUACACAAGCUGAACUUUUACUUGAAGCAUCUACUAAACAAACUGCUGAAGUACGCCGAUCGAUUUCUGAUUCAGUUCAUACACUUGAAAGUGCUACAGGUUUUAUGCUUGAUGCUGUUCGAAAUGAACUUCUUGCAUUUGAAAUUUGA